UUGUGGAAGUAUGCUAAAGAUUGAUAGAGCGUUCAAGCACGUGUAAUUGACUGGAUAAUUUAGUUUUAUCUUUGUUAUAUUAAAUAUAAACUAAAUCGCGUUAUUGGAGCACUUAUCUUAUUGUCGUGGUAUAAAAGAGUUGGUCGUUACUAUAUUUCGUCUCCUGUCACAUAAUACCUACAUGCAGGCUAAAGAAUUCGUGUUUUCGUGACCUAAUUUUCAAAAAUUUUGCUCACUGCCCUCCAAAACUUGUCAUUUCUCUUUAACCAGUUAGUUCCGCAUUCUUGAAUUAAAAUAAUUUUGUAAACAUGCCGGAGAAGAGUUCUCCACCGCCGGUGGAUCUGGAGGAGCUGCUGGAGCGCGAGGAGGGCCAGUUCGGUUGGCACCAGCUGCGCGUAAUGGUGCUGUGUGCCGUGGCCACCGUCUGCGCCGCUCUCUCCACCAGCGAGUUCAUUUUCACCUCCAGUAGGGUCAACACCAGGUGCCUCAUUCCGGAGUGUGAGAGUUCUGGUAGCCAGCAAGAGUUUGCUCCGUCGUGGAUCCUGAACGCGGUGCCCAGUGAGGGCGACGGCUUCGCGAGCUGCGAGCGCUUCAACAGCAGCGCUGCGGCUGCGGACGGCACCUGCCCUGCUGCACUCUUCGACACCACCACCAUCGUCGACUGCGAACAACACGUCUACGAGAAUACUGAUUCCGCCGUUUAUACAUUAGGUCUAGCAUGCGACGAAUGGCGGCGGUCGCUCGUGGGCUCGAUCCGCACGACGGGCGCGCUUGUGUCGCUGCCGCUGGCCGGCAUAGUGUCCGACCGCUGGGGCCGCCGCACCGCACUCGCCAUCACCCUCGUCAACACCGGCUGGAUCGGCCUGCUGCGCUACUUCGCCAACACAUAUGUCGGAUUCAUCAUCUCCGUGUUCGCCGAGUCUGCAUUUGGCUCUGGAGCCAUUGCAAGCUGCUGUUAUAUUAUGGUCGCAGAAUCGAUGCCGAGAAAAUUCCGCGUAGCAACUUGCAGCUUAAUAAUUUCUUUCUUCGCGACGGGCCAGGUCUGUUUGGGUUUGCUAGCAUGGGCGCUGCCGUACUGGAGGCACCUCACGCUCGUCAUCUACGCGCCGCAGCUGCUAUUCUUGACGUACUUUUGGAUACUGCCAGAAUCUAAUCGCUGGUAUCUGAGCAAGGCCCGAUACGAAGAAGCAGAAGCAGGUCUUAGACGAAUCGCUAAAACGAACGGACAACAAUUAUCUGAGAAGUCACUCAUUGAGUUGAGAUCUGCAGCAGAAGAGCAGAAGAAGAGGACAGCUGAGAAGAGUAGUAGCAAUGAACCGUGGUUGAUCGUGCUCGUGUUUCAACACAAGAAGAUAUUGCUGCGCUGCCUACUGACGCCGGUGUGGUGGAUCACCAUGACGCUGAUCUACUACGGGCUGUCCAUCAAUGCGGUGAACAUCUCCGGUAACCGCUACCUGAAUUACGUGACGGUCUCGGCGGUGGAGAUCCCCGGGGCCUGGACUGCGAUGGUGCUGUUUGACCGCAUUGGCAGGAAAGCAGUCAACAUUGGAGCUUAUUGGAUCUGUGCGGCGAGUCAGAUAGCAUUUAUUGUUAUGCCUGAUGAUAUGUACUGGGCGUCGCUGGUGGUGUACCUGGUGGGCAAGUACAGCAUCGCGAUAGUGGCGACGGCGGUGUACCUGUACACGUCGGAGCUGUUCCCCACGCAGCACCGCCACCGGCUGUUCGGAUACUCCUCUAUGAUGGGCCGCCUCGGGUCCAUCGUCGCGCCGCUCACGCCCGCUCUCGGAACGACAAUAUGGGAGCACUUGCCCUUCGUGUUGUUCGGAGGGAUGUCGUUCAUAUCAGGGCUGCUGAUGCUGUUGACGCCGGAGACGCGCGGCUGCCGACUGCCGGACACCAUGGAGGAAGCUGAACACAUCGGUAAGACAGACCAACGACAAGCGAAACCAGGGCACAGAGCUAGUGAUGCUGAAGUUAUAAGUCGGUUGUAGAUGAAGAGUAAGAGCUCGUAAAAUGUAAUCGAUAUUUUAAAAUUUCACAAGAAACAAGUAUUAAUAACACAGUUGGUUAUCGACCAUUACACAAGGCGAUACGGUUUACCACCAAGCUAUAUCACAUUGGUCUAUUAAGGCUCGGUGAAACGCGUAUAGGUACUACUUACUUAGUUCAUCAUACUAUGUCUGUAUUGGAAUUUAGUCGUGAGCUUGUAUUUAUUCUAAUUUAUAUUAUGGAAAGCUAAAGUGCGCUUUCAAGUAAUAUGAUGCCGUGAUCCUUUUCCUGGAUGGUAAAGGUUAAAAAACACUACUUCUUCUGUUGUGUUGGCUGUGAGAUAACCGACCUCACCAGCCCUCAAAAAUACACUACACAUUAAUUUGUAAGGCGCUUUGUAAAUUAGUAAUUACCUAAAAGCUGUACUAGUAUAACUUUAAUUAUGUUGGUUUUAGGUCAAGUUAAGUAAGAUAUAAUAUCGUAAAUUGUAUUUUUAUUAUUAAAAAAUACAAUUUUGUUAUAAAUAGAAACAAAUAAUUGUUUGUUAUAGGUUAUAUUAUAAAAUACAGAAUGAGAUUAUGGUACGCUUUUAGUGUAAAUCCAAUAUAUUAUUUUAACACCA